GACAAAAUACAGGGGUAUUUCAUCGGAGGAGAGUCUGUCGGGCCUGCCGAGCGACAUGGGUGUAUCCACGAUUGCAUUGGCCGCGGGCGUUGCCCCUCUGCUGCUCGCGACGCUUGUGCGGUUGGGUGGCAAUAUUGGCACACCCAUUGUGGCCGAUGAUCCUUCCCGUCCCCACAUCUUCCUGAUCCCCUACGUGGGUCUGGCCUUCUUCCCUCUGGCCUUUGCUCUCUUCCGUGAGCUCAAGAGCUGUUCCUGCGCGGGUCCUCUCAACGCCGUCAAGAAUGGCCUUUGCAACGUCGCCUUUGGUGCCUUUCUCCUUCACUGCUUCUUGACCUUCUUCUACGGCAACAUCAACAACGAUGCCUGGUCCAACAGCAUCAUGAUCGACGUGAUUGCCCCGCCCGAGUUCUUUGUGAACAUGACCAUGGUGCCCGAGGAAAUGCGCCUCACUUCCGAUGUCAAGCUUUGGGCGCGCAAGGAGAUUCUCGAUGGCCCUCACCUCGACAUUGAUGCCAUUGCUGCCUCCAAGUGUCAGCGCCGUGCCUAUGCCCGCUUCAUGUUUCAUGAAAUUCUGCCCCAGUCGCGCAUCGCCCGCCUUCUCAAGCAGGGCGUCAUGUUUGGCGGCGUUUGGGCCCAGCACACCAGCUCUUUUGCGGAACGCGCCAACGUGUCCAAGGUCUACACUGACCACGCUUAUGGCAAUGAUGUCGCCUUCAACAAGUACAUUAUCCGUCCCCUCUGGGUCGAUCGCUUCAACAUCUAUGGCGACUUUGACCAUAAGGAUCUGCAGGAGAAGCACUGGACCGUCUCCUCCCCGGCUCCCUUGCACGAGGGCCAACACAUUGCAUACGAUGCAAAGGCUUCGGGCCAAACUUGGAAUGAUGCCCGCUUCAUCAUGGACCAGUACAGCUGCAUGGCCGAGGGCAUGUGGCUCGAGAGCUUUAUUGGCCGUCGCUUCUGCUUCCGCAAGAUUAUGGAUGCAACCGAGACAUACAGCAUGGAGGGCACGCUGCACCAUCCCUAUCUGGCCGACAAAGACGUGACCUACCCCUCAGGCUCGAUCGAUGACUGCGACAAGCCCUAUGUGCGGGCCGUCCUCACAAAGGGCCUCCACUGGACCCGUGACACCUACCUCUGCUAAGCCCCUGCUAUCCCCUGCAGGGCCAGAGCGGGCUCAUCGCUGCUUUGUGUUUGUCUAGUGCUGUUGCGUUUCUCUUCUUGUCUUGGACUGGCUCGACGAUGUGCGGGUUUUGAUAAGCAAUCGAUGCUGAAAGUAUCAC